UCGCGUUCUGCUAUUUUGCCGUCUACUGCUUUGCAAAAAUCACAGUGUAAGUCGGGCACGGAGUGUGGCUGGUGAAGUCGGCGAUCUCGCGUCAUCCCACUUCGUCCUGGCCUCAGCCCAAAUGAUGUGUCGGCCUGCGACAUUCACUUGUCGCCCACCCACUCACGUCCCCGAACAUGAGCGCCUGCGCCCUGCCUUCGACUGACUCACUCGCUGCGCUGCGACAAACCCGCGCGCACACGAUGCACGCGCCGUAAAUCUUUGUGCCAACACAAAUGCUGGUUCAGCCGCCCUCGAAACCCGUGCUUUCCUCCCGCAGCCCUGCCAACCAAGGUUCCCAAUAACCCUGCAAACCUCAACCCCGACGGGACAUAAAUUCCGCACCACGUCCGCGCCACAAACAUUCACUCGGGCACCGUCCACCCUCACCACCAUGCGCGGCAGCCCGUAUCCGCCCCGGGCCAGCGCCACGGCCAGCGCCAACCCCGCCGCCGUGCGCGCACUCGAACCGCCCAAGCGCAAGGUAUUCAAUUGUAUAGUCGAUGAAACCGCCUUGAUCGCCGGCGUAAAGAAGAGCACUCGUGACGGGAUCCGCAAGUGGAUCUCGCAGGGCGCCAUUUGCCUCUUUGUCCCGCUGCACACCCUCACUGCACUCCACCGCCUCAAGACUGGCAACGAACGUAUCAACGCCGACGCCCGUGAAGCCGUCAAGUGGUUGGAUGAGAUUACCUCCCUGUCUUCCGGCGACGCGGCCGACCGCGUCCUCCUCGAAGGUGCCGAUGAAUCAUACCGCACUUGGGAAGAGGUGCAGAGGUUCAUGUUGCCCGAAACACUGCUCUCGAUGGACGACAGUGAGUCCGAGGACGACGACUACCACGAAGAUUUGGAGAGCUCCUUCAACGCACUCGACGUGUCCGACGAGACCUCCAUGAGCUCCACGCAGAGUCUUGAGGACAUGGCACCUCGAACGCCAGAGUCGCCGCGAUCAGCCCUGGGAAAGAACAAGAUUCAUGAUCAUGAAGAGCCUUCAUUCAAGGAGAACUCAAAUGCUCUCCCCUCAGAUUCCCCCAACCGCACCGCGCGCAACAGUGCCGAGCUAGCUCAAGGAGCGAGGUCGUCCAAGCGCGUUGUGCCCGAGUAUUUGAAGCCGUUGUUCAGCCACAUUCUCUGGCGCAUCAACAAAGAGUCGAACCCGGAUGCGGCCCUCGCUUCCUACAUUCUUCUUACGAAUGACUCCACGAAGCAGCUGAUUGCUUCCAAGUUCAGUGUCCGUGCUAAACGUCUGGAGCAGCUCCGCGAUACUGUUGCCCGCGAAGACCGAGAGUACAAGAACCAUAUGACUCUCCACAAGCUUGAGUCCGAGACCAAUCUCUCAAAGAAGAGCACGCCAACGACUCCCAAGGCAACCGAGCGGCCAAAAUCCAGCCAUUCUAAUCAGGACAAGCCGGAGGAGGGUUCAGACGACGAGGACGUGGUUCUGUUCCAACGUGCGCCCCGUGGCCCAGCGGUGACUUCGAACAAUCAGCGUGUGUGGGACCCCAACGACUUCGGCCGUACCAAACAGCAGCAAUCGCCACGAGGAGGUCGAGGAGGACAUGCUGCACCAAGAGGUCGUGGCAUGCCAUCUUCGCGAGGCCGCGGUGCCUUCGUGCCUCGCGGAGCCUACGUCCCACCAGGUCCCCCUGUCCGCGCGCCACCUGCCCCACGCCACGAUCCCAACGCUCCAAUCGACCCAAAUUCCUUCGCUCGCCCUGUCCCUCGAGUAAGCCCAGCGCGUGGUGGAAGCGGACGUAAACUUUGGGAGCCCAACUAGUCGUCUCUGCAAGGCGUCGAGAAUGACGGCCAAAUCCACACAAUUCUCAAUACUCCAACGGUCACACCCGAGCGAUUGCACACAUUCGACCUUAUAAGAGGCCUGAAAUGGGCAGUGGUCUUCACAGCUUUGCGCACGUCAAUCCUUCAGGAUGGUGCUACGUGGGAUGUUUACCGAAGCUUCGAGAGGAAACCGCAAGCGUCAGCCAUUCGCUGAUCUCUGCAAUCAGUCGUUUGUCUACGAAGUACUUUGAAGACACAGCGUAUAUCUGCAGACUCUCACCUGCUCGCUACGUCGAGACUCAGCGUCUGCUACACUGCUCAAGAGUGUAGUUGUCUUCGCGGUAAGAGUCUUCCUGCACUUGAUCAUUUCUUUGCCUUGUCUUUUUUCACCAUCAAUCACUCAAAUUGCAGGACCCACAAAGUAUAAUAGCUAUAGCUAAAAUUCCAAAUUAACAUUCCUUGUA